CCUGAGCUGCGGAGGCGCCCGAGGGAUGGCACAGGGAGGGGAGGCUGGCGCUCCUCCCGUGCGGCUCUGGGUGCGGCGCGUUGGGGUUUACUGCGAUGAGCACCGCAAAACCUGGCUCGUGGCUGCGGAAGAGGAGGAAGGUAUGCUGAGGGCUCGGAUCCAAAGAGUUCAGGUUCCCCUGGGUGAGGCGCUGCGACCCAGCCAGCUCCCCCCAUCCCGGCUGCCUCACAUGUGGCAGCUGUCCCAGGGUGAGCAGUACAGGGAUAGUAACUCUCGCGUUUGGGAGAUAGAGCACCAUCUCAUGCUUGGUGGUGUUGAAGAACUGCUGCUUAAACUCGUGCCUGGGGAUUAAUCUGGAGCAGUGGCUCUAGGAAGAUGCCAUUGUCUGUUUUGUACAAUAAAAGGUUCUCUCUCCACUGAAAUGCAGCCACCUUUGAGGUGGAAGCAGUUAAACAACACGCAGCAACAUCACACAAGAGUUUAGGACAGGCAGUG